UUGCGCCCGGAGCCAAGAUGGCGCAGCGUGGUCUCCCCGCGCGCGGGGUGGGCGGAGCUUGCCGCUGGCUUUGGCGCGAAAUUCUAGCCUGUCUCUCGGAGCCUGCGCCUCGGUCGUCACGCGCCACCGCGCCGGCCCGGGGCUGAGCAGGUGAGGAGCGGGGGCGCCGUUGCAGGAAGGCUCGGGGGAGAGCCCUGGGAGCGGCUGGAGCAGGCCCGGCUUGUUGACCUCUCUCCGCGGUGGCGGUUGAAAUCAUGAACACAAGACAACAGUGCAAGCGCAUCUACUCAUGGGUUGGAAGAGCAAAGAGCUCAGACCAGCAAUUGAAGACCUCUCAAUAUAGGAGGAUCUCGAUUAAAUCAGAAAGAAGUCUAACAGAAAUGUGUAUACAACUUGGAGAAUUUGUUUUAGUAGAAGGGGAGAAUGCGGAUCAACCUUUUGUGGCAAAACUCCUGAAACUAUAUGAAGAUGGCUCUCAAGAAAAGCAUGCAGUUGUUCAGUGGUUCUCUCGUAUUACAGAGCUACCACUCAAUAAACGGAAACUGCUGCAAAGAGAGGUUUCUCCCCAGGAGAUAUUUUUGGAUAAAGCUCCUGGAUACGACACUGACAUAAAUGUGGAGACCAUCAUUAAAAACGUCAAGGUGAUACCUUUGGCCCCCAAGGAAGCGAUGCCUGUUAGGUCAAAUGGAAAACAGAUAUUCUUUGUAAAGGAAUCUUGGGAUGGGAAAUGCUUUAAGCCUCUGUCCCCUGGCUCAUUGUCUGAGCUGAAAGAAGCUGAGAAAAGUAAAAGGGUUGGCAGCCCAAGCCCUUUAACUGAUUGCCAGACUUCAGACUUAAUUCUCUCCUUGAAAGCAGAGACUGACAGAGUCACUCGGAGUACCGUGAAAACCAAGAACGUUCAGAUGGAAAUAGAAUCAAAACACUCUGCUUCCAAGUCCUCCCUGUCUAAGGAGAGACAUUCCCAAAGGGUGGCAAAUGGCAUUAACACCCCAGGAGCAAGGAAGAAGUUACAGCUAAACAGUCCUACGAAAUCUAGAAACAAACUCACAGGAUGCGAUGUUUUAGAACUCUUGGGUGAUGACUGUGAUGCUUUAGAGCCCCUGGAACCAUCAGCUACGAAGAGAAAGGUGACAUUCACUGAGAUUUUGGACUCACCUCCAAAAAUAUCUCGCACCAAUGGUGAGUCAGACUCACCACUGACUAUCAGGGGAGACUGGUCUAAGCUAGCUGAAACAGUAAGGAUAGCUCCCUACAGAAGGAGCCAAGCUUCCAACCUGAAAGCAAAGAAUCUUGAUGGGAAAGAUGAUGACACAUGGCAUUUGAACGGUAGAAAUGAAGAGGAGGAAACUGAGGAGAGAGCCAGGGAAUCCAGAAAAACAACCAAACAAGCAGCUACUUCUAAGAGCAAUUCUAAAAGCAACACAAAUUUAGCUGAAGAGCAAGAGCUGAAGACCAGGAGUCCAGUGGUGAUCCCACGUUCUCAUAGGAAAUGUGUGCAGAAGACUACUGCUCGCAUUGCAGAGCAACUCCAUUUUUUAAAUAUAUCUGAGCAGGAUCGGGAAGAUGACUACCUGCCUAGCACAGACUGCUCUGAUUCCAGUAGCAAUGAGGAAGAAGAGAGCAUGGUGCCCUGUACACCCAAAAGGAAAAUGAGAUCAAGCACCACACUAAGCACCCCAAAAUCUUUGAGGAAACCCUCUGAUAUCACCCCUGCUAAGACCCCCAGAAAAACUCCUGAGCCAAGAACCCCCAAGACACCCCGAAAUGCUACUCCCAGAAUUCCCAUUCGAAACCAAGCAACAGAGAAACCAGCCAAUGUGCUAGAAGAGGCCCGAUUAAGGCUGCACGUUUCCACCAUCCCAGGUUCCCUGCCUUGCCGAGAAGAGGAGUUCCAGGAUAUCUAUAAUUUUGUAGAAAGCAAACUUAUUGAUGGAACAGGAGGGUGUAUGUACAUUUCUGGGGUUCCUGGAACAGGCAAAACAGCAACUGUUCACGAAGUAAUUCGUUGUCUCCAACAAGCAGCAGAAAAUGAUGGGGUACCAUCCUUCCAGUUCAUAGAAAUCAAUGGCAUGAAGCUGACUGACCCUCACCAGGCCUAUGUGCAAAUAUUACAGCUACUGACAGGUCAGAAGGUGACAGCAACCCAUGCUGCAGAGCUGUUGGCAAAGCUAUUCAGCACACCAGGGCCAAAGAGGAAGACCACAGUGCUGAUAGUGGAUGAGCUUGACCUCCUGUGGACCCGAAAGCAGGAUGUGAUGUACAAUCUAUUUGAUUGGCCAACCCAAAAGCAAGCCAAGCUGAUCAUCCUGGCCAUCGCUAACACCAUGGAUUUGCCGGAGAGGAUCAUGAUGAACAGAGUAGCUAGUAGGCUGGGUCUCACCAGAAUGUCCUUCCAGCCCUACACCUACAAACAGUUACAGCAGAUUAUUUCAUCCAGGCUCAACCACAUAAAAGCAUUUGAAGAGGAUGCAAUCCAGCUAGUUUCCAGAAAGGUGGCAGCAUUAUCUGGUGAUGCAAGGCGUUGUCUUGAUAUUUGUAGAAGGUCCACUGAGAUCUGCGAGUUCUCGAGCCAGAAAAGUGCCUCUGGACUGGUCAGCAUGGCCCAUGUAAUGAAAGCCAUAGAUGAAAUGUUUUCAUCCCCUUAUAUAAAUUCAAUCAGGAAUGCUUCAUUGCAUGAGCAAAUGUUCCUGAAAGCAAUUAUAGCAGAGUUUCGCAGGUCAGGGCUUGAGGAAGCAACAGUUCAACAGAUCUAUCAUCAGCAUGUAGCACUGUGUAGGAUUGAAGGUCUGCAAAUUCCUACGGUAUCAGAAAUUAUGGCAAUUUGCUCAAGACUUGGUGCCUGCCGUUUCUUGCUGGUAGAGUCCAAUAAUAAAUACCUUCAUGUGCGGGUGCGCCUGAAUAUCAGCCAAGAUGAUGUCAUGUAUGCACUCAAGCAGGACUAAGGCAACAGAGGUUUUGUGUAUAUAUGUAGGUGUAAAUAUUUUAAAUAUUGUUAAACUUUUAAAAAGACUGGUUUUAAAAAGAUGUGUGGAUAAAAAUUGAACAUACCAGAAACUGUUCUGUUCUGUUUUUCUAAACCCUUUGCUUAAAUUUUUAAUCUAUUAAAGCACUUUUUUUUUAUAAUAAAGAAUUCCUUA